AUGCGCAGCGGCCCACAUGUGUCGUACGAGCGGGAGCUGGUUGAGAGCUACGAGGGGCAGCACAUCGACAUGGACUAUCUCUACCCACUUCUGUCCUCUACUCCAACGUCGUCAGCCGCGGCAACGGCGGCGACGGCCCCGGUCUCCGGGAUUGCUGGUCCUGCUAAGGGCCGCUCGCCACAAGCGAAGGGUCUCAUGUUCAUUGUGCCGGGGCUGCUGAACGCUUCGACGACGAACUACGUGCGUCACUUUGCCACCAAGUGCGUGGAGGCCAGCUUUGCAGUGUGUGUGCUCAACAGCCGUGGCAUGGGCACAACUCCGCUGGAGGUGCCGCAGCUCUUCAGCGCCACUUUUACCGAAGACAUUCGCCACUGCCUGCACCACUACUCUAGCAGAAACAGGUCCAGGAGCGCCUCGGGCACCCCGCAGCCCGUCCCCCUCAUCGCGGUCGGCUUCUCGCGCGGCGGCGUAACGUUAAUCAAAGCACCUCGGCGAGCAGGGAUGUCAGCCGCAGAAAAAGAGCGACGGUCGAGCCUACCGGCGAACAGCGUGGCGCCGGACACACCCCUCCCUCCCUCCCUCUCUCUGUGUGUGUGCGCCUUUGUGACAGUGACGCCCCCGUACGACCUGAUCGAAGCCGACCGCAUGUCGGCGACACCGCUGUACCGGCGACUCUACGAGAAGGCGUUUGCCACCGGGCUGCAAAAGCACGUGAAACACAAUCGCAAAAUGCUGGCGAAGUUACCGGGCGUGGACAGAAGGCUUCUUUUCGAGGGCCCGAACCUGGCGAUCGAUCACAUCUCCUCCAUUCGAGCCUUCGACACCUACAUCAGCGCCAGCCACAACGGCUUUAACAGUCCGCAGGCGUACUACGUCGCGGCACAGCCGUUAGUCUGGCUGCCACGCUGCCGUACGCCGAUCCUCUGCAUUGGGAAUCGAAACGACUUCGUGGCCGGUGACUUUGUCCCGGAUGCAUCGUGGCGCGCGCUGGUCGACAAACACCCGUACACUGUGUACGUGUGCUACCCCGUUGGCGGUCAUCUCGGCUUCCUUGGUACCCCGGCCGCAGAGUGGCGCGGUGACGCGUCCGAGGCCGAGCGCCUCGUGCUGCGUGCCGCCACAAAUUUCUGUGAAACGACGCCGUGA